AUGGGCGCAGUCAGAAGAAUAAAGACAAAACGAAGGACAAGGGACUAUGACCAAGUCCGCGCAGAUCUUGCGGACCCCAAACACCUCGCACAGUACAAGGCUACGAAGGAUGCGGAAGAUUUGCCAGGGUUAGGACAGUAUUACUGCGUCGAAUGCGCCAAGUGGUUUGAGGGAGAACAUAACCUCAUCGCGCACCGCAAGGGCAAGAAUCACAAGAGGAGACUCCGGAUUUUGCGUGAAGAACCCCAUACGCAGAGGACAGCUGAGGCUGCGGUUGGACUGGGCGUAGACAAUGGUACCCGCGGUCAGCAGACGGCGUCUAUGGAAAUGGAUGAGCCCAAAUAG